AUGGCCUUUUUGUCAGGACCUGUCAAAUCCAAGCUUUACAUUUCUUCUUCUUCCACUGCAUCUCCAAAGUCACGACCUGUGCAAAUCAUUGAGGACCAUCCCUUUAACCAUCGCCUUGAGCUUCUAUUUCCAACUCUUUUGUCACCUCAGCAAGAAAACAAAUUUUUAAAAGAGACUUUUUAUUAUAAAGCUGAUAUUCCUUUGUCUUACUUUAUCGAACGUUCUUUUAUGCAAGAUUAUUUACAAAGAGGUGAAGGCAUUGAUGUAUCAAAUGUUAUCGCACUUGAUGGAUUUGAAACACAGAAGAUAACAUUUCCGCCAACAUUUAAUGCCAAGAAACUUACAGUUGAAUUGAAAUUUGAGAAGUUGAAUAAUAUCAUUUUUCCAGAUAUGGAAGCCAUAAAAACCGCAUCUAAUGAAGACCAAUGGAGGUCUGAUAUUGUAGAGAUUUAUGAUUGGUUCGGAAUGGCCUCACUUCGAGCGCAAAGGUAA